GUGAAGCAUGAGAGCAACCUUCAUUUUAAAAAAUUGUAUAACUUAAAUAUUAUGUAAUCAUAUUUUUGUUUCAUCAAUCAAUUUUAUUUUAUUUAUUUAUUUAUUUUUUUUUUCCAGGCAAGAAAGAAAUUUCCCAUUGCCAGUUUCAAUGUGCCUCUUAAGCAGAAUGAUUUCAGGUUCCAACUAGUCCCUUCUCCCUCCCCCAAUUUGUUUCCGAUAUUUGACCCUACGUUGGUUUCAAAUUCUAACUCAAUGUCGUGACCCUCCCAUCAAUUCAAUCACGUCACAUCUCUCUCUCUCUCUCUCAUUUUGGAUUUGUAAUAAUCCUCGUUUUUCACACAUGAAAUCCACUUCCAAAAACCACCCAAACAGCUCUACAGCUGAUCAGACAUCAUCAACCUCAACACACAAUGUGCUGUUCCUUCUCAAUCUCCCUUCCACUGCUUCUGUUACUCCUCUCCUUUCCUUCCAUUCCUCCUUCUCUCUCCACCAAUCAAAAUGAAAAGAAAAAACCACCACCCAACAACAUGGAUCCAUCCGAACUGGAGACCCUGUUCAACAUCAUGGACACCAUGUCCUCUGAUCAAACCUGGAGAGUCUCCAAUCCCAACCCUUGUGACCCAGCCUCAUCCUGGCCUGGUUUAGAGUGCAAACAAGGUAUUGAUGACACCUACCUCCGUGUCACCAGGCUUGACUUUGGCACACCACCAAGCCCAUCUUGCAAAGACACAGCCACUUUCCCUCCACAAAUCUUUGUCCUUCCUCACCUUCAAUCUGUGUUUUUCUUCAAUUGUUUCACUCACACCAAAACCAACAUCUCUGUUCCACAAAACAGAGUCUUCUCUUCUUCAUUGCAACAGCUGAGUCUCCGAUCAAACCCGGCACUCAUCGGCUCAAUCCCACCUCAAAUCUCCUCACUGAAAUCGCUUCAAAUCCUCACAUUGUCCCAAAACAGCCUUAGUGGGCAAAUUCCAGCUGAGAUUUUCAGUUUGAGCUCUUUGGUACACCUUGAUUUGAGCUACAAUUUGCUCACAGACACCAUUCCAUACCAAAUUGGCAACCUCAAAAACCUCGUAGGCCUUGAUUUGAGCUAUAAUUUGCUCACAGGUUUGAUCCCACCCGCAAUUGGCGAAUUGGGUAUGCUUCAAAAGCUGGAUUUAAGCUCGAAUUCGCUGGUUGGAAGCAUUCCAGACAACAUUGAGAAGCUCACUUCAUUGGUUUUCAUGGCCUUGAGCAACAACAAAUUGGGUGGUGAAUACCCAAAAGGAUUGGCAGAGUUGAAGAGCUUGCAGUACUUCAUAAUGGAUGACAAUCCGAUGUUCACAUCACUGCCACUAGAGUUUGGUCAGCUUCACAAACUACAAGAGCUGAGGCUCGCCGACUCUGGGCUAUCAGGAACAAUACCACAAAACUUUUCACAGCUCAUAAAUUUAAGCACCCUGUCAUUGCAGAACAACCGAUUGACGGGUGAAAUCCCGGUCGGCCUAGGCCGUCUCUCACACAUAUAUCACUUGAAUCUAAGCAAAAACUACUUGGGUGGUGUUGUUCCAUUCAAUUCAAGUUUCUUCAAGAGGUUGGGUAGGAACUUGGACUUGAGUGGCAAUGCAGGGCUGUGUUUGAGUCCAUCUGAACCAUAUGGUGUCAAGAUUGGUGGAGUUGGCGUCUGUGGAAGCAACAACAGCAGUGGCUCUUCUAUGAUCCCACCAAUCAACACAUCCGAAGCUCCAUCUGGCUUCUUCAAAUCAUGCUUUCUUUUUGGUGUUUUGGGUGUCUUGGAACUGCAUCAAAUAUAUCUCUCGGUAUGA